AUGCCCAAGCUCUGGUGCAUCUCAUCUCAGGGAAAGCUUAGCAUCCAGCGCCCCGCUGAUCUCUUCUAUGUCUUCCAAAUGGCGGAUGCUAACAAGGCUGGCAAGAAAUGCAUCAAGAAGGCUGGCUUUGUAGCGUCGGAGAUUGAGAUGGUGUUUGAAGCAAAGAGCAACCGGCUUCUCGUCGUCUUCGCUGGACGCAUGUACACCAUUGAAGUUGUGGGCGUUGAGAAUAAGGAACAGUUUAAUAAACUUGUCGAGGAAACCGACGUUCGUGGCACGUUUACCCAUGACGCUAAUCUCAACGGAAUGGAUGUCCUUCUCACUCGCUUAUUUGAUCUACUCCUCAACGUGUCUAUUGACAGCAUCGUCCACCGGGAUUCAGCGAGAGAUAUUCGUCAAGUUGCAAACUUUCCGAUUGCCCUCACCGCCUCGCGAUUGACAAUUGAUAAGGAUCCAGUCACCAAAGGAGAAUUGAACUUCAUUAAGGAGAAGUUCACCGGACUCAAAUCUCUCCACUUUGCUGUUCCACUCCCCGAUGAUCAUGCUGCAUUUCCACUUCAGUAUCCAGCAGCCUACAUUGAGAAGGGGAACAAGUUGAAGGUAGAGGAGCUGAUCAAUAUGGAGGCUAAGAACGUGGAGAUUACAACUGCAAAGCUGAAGACGUCCGAUAUGAACAGACUCAUCAAGUCGUGGGUUUCCAACCAGCUUCCAGCAAAUUUGGAGAGUCUUACAAUUGCAAAAGUGGAGAAGGACACCCAAAACCUCUUCUCGGGAAUCCGAACUCGGCCAUGGAACCAAUUCGUCCGUUCCAAGUCCUUUCCACUGUGGAAGGGUCUUGCUGUAGACUUUUCGGAAGCCAUGGACAUCGAAAGAUCCUCAGAUGGAUUGUUGGCAAGCGUCGGGUACACUGAAACUGGAAUCUUCCAAAUGGUCGUGUGGACCAAUAGAUACGUAGAGGUUCCAGAAGGAUAUGGAAAAUCGACAAUGGCAGAUCAAUUCACUGCAAUCUAUUGA